UACCAAACUGGAUUUAUUUCCUUGCACAGUUAUUUUUUUUGCAUCAGUUGUUAGGAGUUUAAACAGCAGAGUUACUUUCUGAUCUUUUCAUGCACUGUUGGAGGAUGAAAUGUCUGUCAUCAUUCCUCUGGGGUCUGUUUUUGAGACGGCUGCAGGCUGGGGAGUGUUUAAACUCUCUCUAGCACGGCAACAUUCCAGCCAAAAACGUCAAACCGCAUCACUUCAGAUUCUUCUCUGAAAGCGAAAUUAGGUCAGAGGUGCGCUCCCAAUCCAUUUUAUUUCUUGGAAGAACAGCCUUUGGGUUUGGCCCCGCGCAGCAGCUCCAGACUCAGGGCGGGACCAGCCAGGCCCGACCCGCCGCCAUCUUGUCCCCCUCAGCCACGGGGACCACCCAGCAGAACCCCUGACCCUGCCCUUCCCAACACACCAAAACCCUAUAAAAACAUAACGUUUGAGGGUAAUAGCAACACAUAAAAGGGCUCUUUUCGAGGCAGACCAGCGCCCGGCGGCUGAGGGGUGCAGGGGCUGGGGAACGCCAGCCGCCCCUCAGGGCGCCCUCAGAUCCGCUCGCUCUCUCCCGCCACCCCCGCGCCGUGAGGGCGGCUCUGAGGGCGGCUCUGAGGGCGGAGAGUCACAGCCACGGCAGCGCGCCCGGGGCAGGAGGAGGAGGAGGAAGAGAAGGAGGAUGAGGAAGCCCCGGCCGCCCUCACUCCCCGCCCUACCGGGGCCGCCAGCGCCGUCCCCCGGCGAGGCGCGGGCAGCCUCGGCCAUGUGUGAGGAAGGAGCCGCCAAGCUGCGCCUGAAGCCCCGGACGGCGCCGCCCGCCCGCGGCCGGGAGCGCAGCCCCGGCCCCGAGCCCCCGCCGCGGCCCCAGGCGUCGACUGACAGAUGUUCCUGGUUUGAAAAGGAAGAAUUAAAUGAGUGUGAAAAAACCUGGCUUUUGCUCCUGAAAGACAUCAGUCAAGAUUCACAGUGCACAAACUGGGACACAGUGCCCAGCUUUCCAGAGUUCUUGGAAAAGAAACAACAGGAAAAGAGUCCAGAACACCAGGAAGUCUUUACAGUUGGAACAAAAGACUUUCAGUGGGUAUCAUUCCCAUCUUUUCACAAAGAAAAAUGUCUGAACCCCAAGGAUCUGAGCUCCCAGCAGCCAACACAGAGCCAGAGCAAUGAAUUACAUAAAGGACAGGGCCAAGCAGAUGAACUGAAGAGUUUAUCAUCCACAGCUGAGAAAACCUGCAGGGGAACCAGUACAGAUCAAGCCAAAAGUGCAUCUGGGGCAGACACAAAAGGGGUUUCAGAGCUGGAUGCGAGUCCCAAGUCAUGCAAACUCCCUGGGCACAGCAGCUCAGCACAGCCCUCAGCAUCGGCACAAAGCCCUGCAGCAGCUCUGAGCCCUCAGCAGCACCACACAGGGGCUGUACAGAGCAGCAGGGCACGCGGGACAGAGAAGGGGGAGGAACAGCCUCAAAUCCAGACACAGCACGGGGAGCUUCCAGCAGGGGAGGCCACAGGGGUGCCUGCAGAGAAGCCUCAGCUCGGGAGCGCUGCUGGGGCUGAGAGCCACGAGGAGAAGCUGGAAAAGCAGAGCGAGGCAGCUUCAGCUCUUGACAGCUGUCCCAUGUGUCUGAUGCAGUUUAGUGGAAGACUCUCCCAGCUGGACAUCGAUGGGCACCUUGCCAGGUGCUUGUCUGAAAGUGCAGAUGAUGUCAUGUGGUAAAUCCAGAGGAGGGGAGAGCACAGCAACCAGGCCAAGGAUGAAGCUUUCUCAAAGGAAAAAUGUGUCAAGGAAGCACAUCCCUGUCUGACUUAAACCAGGAACCCAACAGAAGGAUAAGUGCCACCUGCCUUUUUGGUUUUGGUUUUUUCUUCUUUUAAAGCCUCUCAAAUGCACAUAAAGCAGUUCUAGUUCUGACAGUGGUGCUCUGGGAUGUCCCAGACACCCCCAGGGCAAUCAGGCUUGGUACUCCUGAAGAAAUGCACUACUGGAAAUCCCUCAAGCUUUGUCUGAUGCACCAGAGCUCUGAAUCUCUCAGGACAGAAGAAAGCAGCUGAGCAAGAGACAACUGUUACUUACUGUAUUAUUUUUUUUCUAAACAGAUAAUCUAUGAAAAGAAACUCAGUUAAAAAGUAAUUGGAAUUUGGCUUUUGUUGUUUUAAUACCUAAGAAAGUAUAAUUGUACAAUUGAUGCUGGGAGUGUACCUAUGUAAGAGAAAACACAGCCCAGACCAGCUAGAGGGUGUGGGGAUUUUAUGUUUCUGAAGGAGCCCAGCUAAAUUCAGAACCUUACAGUGCAGGUUAAGUCAGUAUCAGCGUUAACCAGGUGAUUAAUAUGGCUGGGCUAAUUAGGCUGCAGUGUGACAGUGCUGAGCUGCACAGUGAGAUUCAGCAGGGCCAAAAGAGCUGAUUUUGGUACCAGCUGCACACAGCCCCCCAGGCACCGUGGAGGGCUCCGAGCAGGGACUGCCCCGAGCUGCUGGGGCUGGGGGGCUCAGGAGCUCAGCUGCUCUUCCGUCACUCCUCCAGAGGAGCAGGGGAACACUUGCUAAGCCUGGGAAUGACAAUCCAUGACACUUAGUGACAGCUCAGUAACCACAACCCAAGGGACGAGAGCACGAGCCUGCUCUGGUUUAUUUCCUCGGGCCUGAGCUGGGAUCCAGAGAUGGAAUAAACCCAGAGAACAGUAUCAAAAUACAGGGAGGCUCCUGGAGAUUUAACUUACAGUGGGUCUGUUUCAGAGGCUGGACACAGCCCCUUUCACUGAUAAAUAAUAACAGUCUAUUAACUUUUUCAUUAAAGUCUUUAAUAGAUGUGCAAGAAUAUAAAUGAUCUCAGCUGUUAUGGAUUAGUAUACCAUCUUCUGCACAAUUAAAACUGGUCAGCAAAGAUCCCAACUAAUUAAUUAUACAAAACUACAAGAACAUAUUUACUGUUUUACAAUCAUUAAAUUAGCUAGAAUUUUCAUUUACUAUUUCAAAUAAGACAACUAUAUAUCAUUACCAGAUCCAUUUGUAAUAUAUUAGGAUUUUUUUUUCCAAACCACACAUUUAAUUACAUCCUUCAUUUUCUUUUAUUUAUAAAACAAGUACUUUAUAUAAAAAAUUUCCCCUUCAUCAUGAACAGAACAUUAUUCAAACACUUGCACAUGAGCAACCAAACUUGUACCCAGCAAACUAUUUGGCAACACAGCAACAUUGUAAAUGCCUGUAAAUUCUUAAAUAAAAAUCGAAUAGUCUUUACAAUGUUUGAUUAGCAAAA